AUGAUGCAUGUAUCCAUGCCUCGCUACGAUCAGGACCGGCUCGGCAUCAUCUUCCGAGCUUCUCCGCGGCAGGCCGAUGUGAUGAUCGUUGCCGGUACUGUGACGAACAAAAUGGCACCGGCGCUUCGUCAAUGCUAUGACCAGAUGCCGGAUCCAAGAUGGGUCAUCAGUAUGGGCAGUUGUGCCAACGGUGGAGGGUAUUAUCACUAUAGCUAUAGUGUGGUCAGGGGUGUUGAUCGGAUCGUGCCGGUGGAUGUUUAUGUCCCUGGGUGUCCUCCGACGCCGGAAGCCUUUCUAUACGGUAUCUUUCAGUUGCAGAAGAAGAUGAGGAAGACCAAGGUGACUAGGAUGUGGUAUCGGAAAUAA